GCUGCUAAGAGAAACAUGUCUGAUAGAAACAUGGAGGAGAAAGUUGAGCAAGCUACAAACAGUAAAAAUAUAUCUCUGCCAAUGUCGAGGGUGCGAUUAAUCAUGAAAAGUUCUCCCGAUGUGUCCUGUAUUAACCAGGACGCUCUUUUCUUGACGACUAAAGCAACGGAGCUUUUUGUCCAGCACUUGGCUCUGUCUUCAUAUAAAAACGGUUCCGGUAAAGGGACAAACACACUGUCAUACAGUGAUCUGGCCAGGGCAGCAGAGGAGUCGGAAACAUUUCAGUUUUUAACUGAUAUCCUUCCUAAGAAAAUCUUGGCCAGAGAUUAUCUGAAGUCACUGGAAGAAAUGGACAAAGAUGAUGACAACCUGUAGUGAUAAAUAGCAAGUCGGAGGAAAUCACUGUGAACUGGUUCUGACCACUUUACUAGAACAGUGGAUAAAGUCAUAGGACGUUGUCUUACAAAUAAGGAGAUUUCACCCAAAGAGUUGUUGUUUUAGAGAGGUAACAUACAUGUUUUACUUACUGUAGUAGUCUGUAUGUUUUAGCACCCACUUACACUAUGCUGUUUAAAAUGUUCAAUAGCCGCUUCAGAUUCACAACUGAACCACUGAGAGCACAGGAAACCAGUAUACGUGCUGCUGUGUCAUGCAUUGGUGGUGUUUUAUUACUACUUGACACCAUGAUUUGUAUGUUUUGUGAAGAUUUUUUUUUUAUUCAGCUGCAACAAUCCAAACAUCUAUACAGUCCAUUUCAUUCAUUGUGAAAUUAGACUUUGCUUAUGCGUCUUCUAAAUAAAAUUAUAUUUCUCAGGGUUUAGAGAGGUG